AGACUCGGGAUAGGAAACUAGCAUGCAUUAGUGAGCUUGAAUGUGGUGAUGUUUUAGGUUUUAAUGUGGAAAUAAAACGUGGUAGAAGUUUGCAAAAAGUGAAAAUAGUAAGGUUGUGUGGUGAAACAAUCAUAGUUAUUACGGAAUGAUCUCCUAGGCGAACUGUAGGUGGAAAAUGGCAUUUCCACAGCCAAAACCCCAGGCUCCUCAGCUCCCACGGCAUCUACACAAGACCAUUGAUUGUCAACAAGGAGCUGUCAGAGCUGUGCGUUUCAAUGCUGAUGGGAACUACCUGUUGAGUUGUGGCAGUGACAAGUCGUUGAAGCUGUGGAGUGUCACCAGGGGUACCUUACUGAAGACCUACAGUGGUCAUGGCUACGAAGUCUUGGAUGCAGAUGGGUCUUACGACAACAGCCAGAUCUGUUCCUGCAGCUCGGAUAAGACGGUGAUCCUGUGGGACGUGGCAUCGGGACAAGUGACCCGCAAACUGAGAGGCCAUAUGGGAAAAGUGAACUGUGUGAGAUUCAACGAUGAGGCUUCUGUGAUGCUAUCAGGUUCCAUUGAUGGGACAGUGCGAUGCUGGGACACUCGGUCGCGGAGGUUUGAGCCCAUCCAGGUUCUGGAUGAAUCUCGGGACGGGAUCAGCAGCCUGAAGCUGGUAGAGCACGAACUACUAACUGGCUCUGUGGAUGGGAGAGUGAGGCAUUAUGACCUGCGUAUGGGACAGCUCCAUGUAGACUUCAUUGGCAGCCCCAUCACCUGCGUGUGCUUCAGCCAGGAUGGCCAGUGCACGCUCUCCUCCACCCUGGACUCUACCCUCCGCCUGCUGGACAAGAACACCGGAGAGAUGCUAGGAGAGUACACUGGCCACCAGAACAAGAGCUACAAGAUGGACUGCAGCCUGUCCAACAAGGACACGCACGUGGUCAGCUGCUCAGAGGACGGCCACGUGUACUACUGGGACCUCGUGGAGGGCUCUGUUGCACUGAAGCUGCCAGUUGGCAAAGGGGUGGUCCAGUCCCUGUCCUUCCACCAGACGGAGCCGCUGCUCCUCACCGCCACUGAGGGUCAAGUGCAGGUGUGGGGAGGAGAGCCCCCGGAGACCAGUGAAGAAGAUGCCACAGAGACCUAGGGUGCAUUCCAAUAUGCGACCUUACGUCGCUCCACUUGUGCUUGUGGCCUCGCCCCACCUCCUGGCCCCGCCUCCAUGGAGAAAACAAUAAAGUUUUCCCACCGUCAGCCUAGACACAACAACUUUUGGGGGACUGUUUUUCAUUUACCAUCCCAAUUGCAAAUGAGAAAAUGACAUUACAAUUGUGAUUUUGCAAGAUAUUGAAUAAAUUUUCUGUCGUCAGUGACAUUAUCAUGAGGUGACAAGCAGGAAAGUGAGCAAGGGAGGACGGAAGUCUGCAUAUUGGAAUCCAUCCCUAGAGUCAAGACACGUUGCUGUGAAACAAAAUUACACAAAGUUCAGCUGUACUUGAGACAAGUGAAAGUGGCUGGGACUUAAGAUACUAGUGUGUGAAAUAUUACACAAAGUUUUUAGGAUCAGAUCUGCAAGUCACACUUGUUUCGUAUCGACUAUUUUUGUACUUUUUUUGUAAAACGUAUGGCUGUUUUGUGCACCCACAUAUUUUUCCUUGCAAUGAAUAAAGAAUGUUGUACAUAAAACGGUGA